AUGUUCAGUACUAAGGCCCUUGGCGGAGCGCAUUUGCUCGGAUACUCGUUAGUUUUUGGAGCUACAUGCUACCAAUCGUUUUAUGCCGGGAUUAUGGCUUACAAGGCCCUCAAUCUAGACAACUUUUCUGCUCUCCAGAACCGCUUGUUCCCGGGCUAUUUCGGCCUUCAGACCGCCGGCUCCGCAUUCCUUAUGCUCACGGUUCCGUUUGUGGCCACCCGCUGCCAUAAGGUAGCAUUGGGUAUCUCAUUGGUUAGUGCCCUUAUCAAUCUGGUUGUGAUUUUGCCCAAGAGCCAGCGCGUCAGUGCCGCUCGGGCCGCCCAAGCAGCCGCUGAGGGCAAAUCGUGGCGUGACCCUGAGAUCAGCGACGAGCUGCGCGCCUUGAACAAACAAUUCGGCCAUUUGCACCGGAUCAGUGUUCUUUUGAAUUUUGCCACUGUGUUUUCUCUGGGCUAUUAUGGUAUUAAGCUUGGUGGCCGUCUUUAA